AGGCUUGUGUUAAUCUUCACAACAGUACUUUUUCUGUCACAAACUUUAAAAUAGCAUUCCUUGAAUAUGGAAGAGGCUGAUGAAGAUCUGGGCGAAGCACGAGAACAAUCCGUGUUGUUCGAAAAUGAAGACGACGACUUGGUGGAGGUCAAUAUCCGAGAAGAAAAGGCGAAAGAGGACAAGGACGGCCAAAAGAGGUUGAUCAGCCUGCAGAGAGAUUUCUCCAAUAUCCAAAUUGCAGCUGAUGCCAAAAUUGUGCAACAAAGGAAACAUCUGGAAGAAGCUGAAAGAAUUAGAGCGGAGCAGAUAGAGAAUGCUCACAUGUCCUGUGAGGAAAUACCUGCAGAGUUUGAAAGACUCUUGUCAGUAGAUAGUCAGAGAGUGACCAACUCAGAACUGAAGAAAACCUUUGAAAGCCUGCAGCAGCAGUGCAAUUUUAUCAUACAAGAGAAGUAUGCAGUAAUAAAUGACCUGCAACAGGAGAUCAAAUUGGUAAAUAAACGCCAUGUGAAUAGCUUGAGUGAGAACGCAAAGGAGAUUGACCUAAUUUGUAAGACAAUGGAGGACCAGGUCAAAAUGCUGACAACAGCUAACAGAGAGAAGCUGGAAGAAACUGAGAGAAUUCAUCAGCAGGAAAUGAAAGCUUUGCGUGAAAAACAUGACGCGGAAUAUGAGGAAGUGAUGAAGAAAUGUUUGGACAAAAAGCUCGGGGAAAAUAAAGUGGAGGCGAUGGAGAAGGCAUUUCAGCAAAUGAAUAUAGACUAUUUGGAAAGUUUUAUAAAGGAACUUCCCAAGGUUUGUCCAAUUAGCAGAAUGAACCCCAGUGGUUUAUCGUUUGAGGAUGCUUUGAAGUUGAUUUCACUAGAACAACAGAAUGUAUAUUAUUCACUUAAAUCAGUGGUUCUUAACCUUAUUCCCUCAUUCCACACCCACAUUUACUAUAUAUUUACUGUAACAUUGACAGUGUUUCAUUUCAGAGCGGAAAUAUUAAAAGAGAUUGAAGAAUACACCAGAGAACAGAAUAACCUUUCAAAGAGGUGUUGCAAGUUGUCUGAGGAAUAUAAAAGCUAUAUCCAGAAAUAUGAAAGCUUAAGCAAGCAAAUGAAAAACUUUGCAGUCAAAGAUGCAAAACAAACAGAGGAUAUAUGGAAAAUGACUGAUGAAGAGAUUGAGGGAAUAAGUGCAGCCUCUGUGUUAUCCAAGAAGUAUUGUGGUCCAGUCGGGGAGCAGCCUCAGAUGGCUUUUUUGAAGCACACUGAUACCAUCCAGCCUCAGGAACUAUCUGCCAAACUCAGGCAAUCACAGUCAAAAACUGAGAAAUGCAGCCAAUGGAUGUUGAAUGCUUCAUCUGGGCUGAGCUUGGACAGUAACAGCAAUAGUCCAGACACAGAAGUAUACAAAGAAGGGGCACCGGCACAGAGUGAGAGUAGUCCAGAGUCUGAGGAAAGGAAUCUGUUCAGCAAGAAGCAGAUGGAAGUGUUGGAGCUACUCUGUGAUGAAGCGGACUUGCUAAUAGAACCUAAAGUCCUUAAAGCGUUGGCUUUCGAACAGAGGGAGAAGCGGACUGCUGUGAAGCUGAAUUUGCUGUGUGAUGGUUUGGGCAUCAAUGUUAACGAUGCUCCACAGCUGGCUGAUUUCUUAUUAGAAUAUGAACAAAAGCACAGAGAGCAGACUGAGGUGAGAAAGAACAGAGAUGGAAAAUGUAGUGGGCAAUUAGGAAAAUGCAAUUUUGUAUUUCUUGUAUCUGAGUUUUUUGUUGUUGUUUUCUAGGACACCUGUGCUGAGUCCGGUGGCAUGGCAGCUGCAGCAAAGACCAGCUCUAUGACUAAUUCGAUCUCUGAUCUCAUCCAUCCUGACCAUAUCCUACCUGCUCUGCUAAGUUUCUUGGAGCAGUACAGCAGGUUCAGGGACAGCUCAGACCACCAUCUUCCCAGUUUUGGGCAAACAAAGGACCAGAGUACUUCAAAAGAUAUUUCCCACUGGGAAAGUCUAGCCAACAUCACCUCUGAGGACAGACUAAUACAGCAGGAUUCAGCGGAGAUAAUGAUAGAGCAGUACCAUGGACUCCUGACAGAGAUUUCUGAUCUUGUUUCUGAACAAUGAGCAGCUGAUGAAGCUGGAGCAGCAUCGCAAAGGAACAUUUAAAUGAGUUUUCCUCUGUCCAUGCUUCAAUUUCCACCAAGUCAUCGGAAGUUCAGCUUGGUAGUUUUUUCAAAAUUCUGUUAAAAAACAAAACAAAACAAAAGAAACAAAAGAAAAAAAACAGUCAUAUUACUUUAAGUUUUUGUCAGUUGGAGCCACAGUGUAAAACAAAACA